AUCACCAUCUUUCUAAGUACCUUCUGUCAUUUUCCUUCAGAGUUCUUCUCUCUUUGGUCAAAUUGAAUUUUUUCCUAAAGUGUGCAACUUUUUUUUGUCAUCAUCAUCAACCUACCAACGCCGAAUCAACAGAUCGAUCUUAUUUCUGAUUAUUUCAUGGCGGCGAUUUCUCUCUCUUCUUCUACGAUCCCGUCGCUGAAUUCGAAAGAAUCGUCUAGUGUUUCUGCUUUCGCUUCUCGUUCUAUCUCCGCCGUCAAAUUUCAGUUUCCGGUUCGUCGGGUUCGAACCGGAGACUUAAAGUUUCCCUCUUUAUCUUCAACGACUCGAUGCACUCCUAGACCUAUUGAAGCCAAGAAGCAGACAUUUGACUCCUUUGAGGAUCUUCUUGUGAACUCUGAUAAGCCAGUUCUAGUUGACUAUUAUGCAACCUGGUGUGGUCCUUGCCAGUUCAUGGUUCCUAUACUCAGUGAAGUGAGUGCAACCCUGAAAGAAAAGAUCCAGGUGGUGAAGAUCGAUACUGAAAAAUACCCGAGUAUUGCCAAUAAAUACAAGAUUGAGGCACUUCCUACUUUCAUCCUAUUCAAAGAUGGGGAACCUUGUGAUCGCUUUGAGGGUGCUUUGACGGCUCAACAACUCAUCCAACGAAUUGAGGAUUCUCUAAAAGUGAAGCCAUAGUUAUGGAUCAUGAACUCUUUUUUAAUUAUUGCUGUGUUUCCACUGUCCCUGACCUAGUCAGGGCUUAGCGAUAGGUUUUUCGGUUGAUUUAACUUGGAGAGUUUGAGAAGAAGAUUAUGUUUGCCAGAUUUGUAAAACCUUG